AUGGCAAACAACAAGCACAUUGCCCACGAUCUCCUAACCCAAGCCCACCCUGCCCCACUCGCCGCCUCAAUCUUUGUCGACAAGGUCCUUCACAAGCCACUCCACCUCCGCCCUACAUCCCCAGACCACACAUCUCAAGAUGCUCGAGCCAAACGACGUAUCCAACGCCUUCGAAAGAAAGAGAAAUCGCAGCGACGCCAGAAGGUAAAGCCUUUAUCUGCGAAAGAAAAGCGAGAUUCUGGUAUCUAUGAGAUUCCAGAUACUGCGAAGAAGUAUGAGAUAUAUGUGCCGUUGCAUAGGAUGUGGCUGGGAUACGUGUGGGAAAUAUUGGGUAUGAAUAUGGAUGAGAGGGCUUUUGUGACUGCGAACAGCGCCGGGAGUAAGCUCGCAAGUGCGGACUACCAUGGAGCGGAGGUCACGGUUGUGAGGAGUAAAUGUAUGGGAAUGGUGGGACUGGCUGGAAUCGUGGUUAGGGAUACGAAGUUCACGUUCCAGAUCGUCACGAAAAUGAAUGAGCUCAAGACCAUACCCAAAAAGCAUACGAUCUUUGGGUUCGAGAUCCCACAACCUGUAUCCAACCAGAGCUUGGGCCAGGAAGCUGCCACGGCAGAAAGUAAAGCCGAAUCGGCAAGUCUGGUGUUCGAAUUGCAUGGCUCACAAUUCGAGAACAGGGCUCCAGACCGAGCAACCAAGAAGUUCAAGCAGAGGAACACGAAUGAUCUAUGA